CCCGUGUAAAAAUCCAUUAAACGUUAAAAUGAUAAUUGUUAAAGUCGCGAUUAUUUUAACAAGUUUGUACAUUGUUAACAGCUAUAGGCUUAAUAGUGAUCCACAGAAUAUUAAACAAGCGGAUUCUACUGUGAUAUUAACACACGUUCUUUUUAGGCAUGGAAACAGAACUGCAGAACUACAAGAAACUUACCCCAAAGAUCCCUACAGAAACUUUACAUACUUUCCAAUAGGGAGAGGACAAUUGACAAACGCUGGAAAAGUAAGAGAGUACCAAAUUGGUAAGGAUCUGCGUAAAAGGUAUGAUAGGCUUUUGGGACCAGUGUAUUAUCCAGAGGUCGUCGAUGCUGUCACCACCAACAAGAAUAGAACCAAAGCUUCGCUUGAGUUAGUUUUAGCAAGUUUGUUUAAGCCAAAAUACACAGAUGUGUGGAAUUGGGCACUUGGCUGGCAACCAGUUCCCUAUAACUAUUAUCCAGUCGAUCAAGAUCCAGUACUUAUGGGAAUAAAUUGUCCACGAUACCAGGUAUUAUACAAAGACUUGGUAAACUCAGCUAAAUGGAAGGCUAUAUUUAAAAAAUAUCAAACACAGUUCGAUUAUAUUUCGAAAAAUUCAGGGUUGAACGUAACUACAUUCCAGGAGGUCUAUAACAUGUACUUUGGUUUAUCUACUGAAGAAGAAUACGGACAAGUAUUACCACCAUGGACGCGUUCGGUUUGGCCUAAAGUCAUUGUUAGUUUAUCCAUCAAACAAUAUUACGUGGAAACUGGUACUACAGAAAUGGCGAAACUUGCGGAAGGAUUUCAUUUAAAGAAAAUUAUAGAAGACACUAAAAAUAAAGCGAAAAAACUUGGUGAAAAGAAUGGAGUAAAAAUGUAUUUAUACUCAGCUCAUGAAAAUAACGUGGGAGAGAUGAUGGUACUUCUUGAUGUUUUCAACAAUCCUCAUGUUCCUCCUUAUGGGAGUUACUUGAUUUUUGAAGUUCAUAACAUUAAUAACGUUAUAGGAAUUAAGUUAUACUACAAUAAUUAUACCACCGAUGGACUCCAGCUCUUAAAACUGCCCAACUGUGAGGAGUUUUGUCCAAUAGAUAAAUUUGAAAGUAUCUUCGAAGAAUAUCUACCAUCGUCAACGGAUCUAUGUUAUAAUUAAUUUAUACUGUUGUUGUUUUCUUGUAAAAAACAUAAAAACUAUAAAAUAAAAAAAAUAACAGUCAAAA